UAUUUAUAUUAUUGUUUACAAUUUCUUUACUAUUUUCUCCCAUUUUUGUAUAUAUUUUGUUUUUUUCCUUUCAUCAUAAAAGUAGAUUAAUUAAACCUUUAUUCGGAAAUUAUUCCUACCAAGAAAUAAUUGUCUCCAAAAAAAUUCUAGAUUAUUGGUUUUUUACGCCCUAUUAAAAUUUUUAUUAUAAAUACAAGGGUGGUAUGCUUAAAGUAUAUGCUAGUUUACGAAUAAUAAAAAAAUUAUGUCAGAAAUAUCUGAAAGUAACGUAGAAUUUAUUUCGGAAAAUAGAGUUGUAACAAACUCUGAAAGUGAAGGAGUAACUAAUUCAGAAAGUAGAAUAGCAACUAAUUCGGAAAGCAAAGUAGUAAUCAAUUCGGAAAAUAGAGUAACUACUAAUUCGGAAAAUGGAACAAUAAAUCAUUCGGAAAAUGGAGCUUUAACUAAUUCGGAAAAUGGGGGAAAAAAGCUUUGUCGUAUUCGUAUUGAAGAAGAGACCACAAUUAAAUUAGAUGAAUUCAAUUUGGAUUAUCCAUUUGAAAUUUUUUAUGAUCCAGGUUAUGAAGGUGAUGGUAAUCCCUCAUUAGUUGCUACAAUUCAACCAAGAAAUAAAAAAUUUCAAGAGGAUCAUCGUAUUACCUCUCUUUCCAUUAAUAUUGGUAAUAGGUUAAAGAAUAAAACAAUUUUUUGUUAUAAUGAUAAAAAAAAAGAGAUUUGUGGUCCUUAUAUUGAAUGGCCUGUGAAAAAUUAUGGAGAUGGUUAUAUUAAAGUACAACCUGAUGGGAAUCUUAUUAUUAGUGCUACACAAAGGAACAGACCUAUUACUAUAGAUAAGAACCGUGCCUUGAAACGGUUACGUCUUGAAUAAUUGUCUAUUAUACAAUUAUCUAUUGUAGUAAAUCUGAUGUAAUUAUAUAUUAAAUAGUAAAUAAUGUAAAAUAUACAAU